UUGUAUAUCUAUAUUGUCUAAGCAAAAGAUUGGGUUAGUGCCUGUAAGUUCGUACAUUCUUCUCGAAGCCCGCUGGUGGAGUGCUUGCUCCUAGCCCACAUGGUCCCACGCUUGUUGUUCGCAGCCCUUGCGGCGGCCCAGCAUCCGAAUCCGUAUCCCGUAUCCGCAACCGGGAAGCAUUCCUCCCUCCCAGGCUCCAUCUACGCUUCCAAUUACGCGACCGGGGAUUCACGCCAAGGAAAGAUCAACACCACAAGAAAUCCAAGAGAUGGGUGGACAAAGCCAAGGGGAUCGAUCGGCUUGGCCCCCAAAUAAUUUCAUUCACGAGCGUUAAGUAGGUUAAGUGGGAUCAAUCAUGAUAUCUGAAUGGCCGCAGUGCUGGU